AUGGAAGGCUUCUUGGGAAAAUGGAAGAUGACGGACGCUGAGGGCUUGGAGCCUCUUUGUACUCGCUUGGGUGUUACCACGCCUGUAGCCCAAGUCGAAGCCAUCCUGAACACAGAUAUGAUCAUCGAACGUGACGGUGACAAGUACUACAUCCACAACCACGCCGCCGUCGUGGACUUUGGACUGAAGUUCAAGUUGGGUGAAGCGUGGGACAACACUACACUCAGUGGAAAAGUCGUCAGGACAGAGAUAACUCUGGAAGGGAACACACUGAAAUGGUACGAGCACCGAGAAAAGCCGCUCACCGUUCUGUUUGUUCUGGAAGGCAACAAGAUCACCUUGGUGAGUGAUGUUUUCUAG